AUGGGGGAUGCCUUUUCGGAGUCCGAUAGUUCCGAAAAUAUUGUACCAUCCUCAAAUUUUGAACCCCUAUCUCAUGCAAGUCGCAUCCUACCCAAAGCGCGAAAAAAUCUUAUUCCUAUGGACGAACUAUCAAAUAUAAUAAUUGGUGUGGGCAACAAAUCUGUGCAGCCACCAAUCGAUUGUCAAAAUUCUGCCUCUAUGUCAUACCGCUCACUGCUGUCGGACAAGGAGUCAGGAAUCUUAGGAAACAUUAACCAAAAUAGGGCGCGUCAGUUGGAUAAGAUUCUGUCUCCUGCACUUGGCGGUCGGGCCUCGGUCCCAGUCGCACCUUUAAAACACGUCCAACUUUCCUCUGCUUCUUGUCUCACACCAAAAGUAAACAUGCAUCCCAAUUUCUCCUCCUCCGAUUCUCUUAUUUUCACUUCGGCCGGUGCUACCACAACCAACACUACUUCGAGUCGCACUACUCGAUCAGGUUCUGAUCUGUUUAGGUCAGACUCCUCGGGAUUCAGCAAACCUCUUGUACCGCUGGGGAAGCGGAGAAGUACUGUAUCCACAUCAACCGCUACUGAUGAUCAGGAGGCUUCACCUGCUUUUUCUUACACUCUGUCAUUGUCUGUGCUUCGUCACCUUUCGAAGGUGGAAAAAACGGAUCUUGUCGAAUUUAAAAUACCUGAUUUUACAAAGACAGUUACGUGGCAGUCACGAGUGCGAAGAAUGGAUGAGGACGCAGCUGCUGCUGUCUCAGAAGCAGCUAAGGUGUUGGCUGACUCCCUUGGAGACUGGCUAAGAGAGCUUUUUACUUCUGGUAGCGAGGAUUCUCAGUCAGAUUAUAAACAUACACCAGCAACAGUGAUUGCCCGACGUCAAGGCAUCUUGGACGCUCGCGUCUCCUCCUCGUCCUCUGAGUACUUCUUUCCCCGAAAAACGAAUUCACCCAUGAAAACAUUGGAGAAGAGCAUUCAGGGCUCGCUGGAGGACAUGGUUCUUGUUAUUUUCUUAGUACCUCCCAAAGACGAAGUUGAUUCAAAGUCAUUAGAGCCUAAUUCUGGUCCAAAUGGUACUAUCUUUGAUCCAGAAUCGCAAGUGACAUCUCAAUCAGUUAUCUCCUCAGAUGUCACUAGACGUAAAAGAACUACACGGUCUUCUGCUCUGUCAUCGAGUGAUGAGACUUAUAUUUUGCUUUUUUAUCAAAUCGAUCGUCCGUGUCUUUCAGAAUAUACAUUUGUUUUAGGUAUGCUGGUCUAUGCUAGGUGGUACAGAAAGUUUUUUUUCGCCGGACGAGUAAUUGGGAACAGUACUGAGACCAGGUAUCGCGUAUUGUUUGAUGACAACUCAAAAAUAAACGUUUCAGGCAAAAACAUAAUUCUCGCCGAUCUCCUUCCUAUUGGGACAGAUGUUUAUGCUGAUAUAUCAGGUAGGAAUGAAUAUGAAGUUGGGUACUUGGUAUCGGGCCAUGUGGUCGGAACUACGCCGCCCUCGUAUAUCGUCAAACGCAUCGAGGACAAUGAAGUCUUCCAACUCGAACGUAAAAAGGUGGCGAUUCUUGUGGAAUCAAUGAAACGUCUCCUCUCCACUGGUCAAGUAUUGGCGAUAGACAGCCGGUCAGAUGUAUCUACCACGACGAGUGACGCUCCAUCGUUCAUCUCUCCUACCUCCUCUUCAUCCCCUUCAAAAUGUGCAUCUCCUCGGGGCAUUUCGUCGAAAGCAGUCACUUCGGGUGUGUCCGCUGGAGGUUCUGUCCGUAGAAAGCGCGGCUUCACCGAGAUGGGCCGGACAGAAGAGCGUGCGGUCCCUGCGAAACGUUCAAUGCGGAGGAAGACUGCGCCACAGCAGCAAAGCGAUUCUUCCAUCGGGGGGUCCUCUCCCGCUUCGCAUCGCUUGAAAUUAUCCAAACAGCAGCGGACUAGGUCGAGAGCAAAAGGCUCUGCGCAGCGGCAGGAGUUUAAACGGAAGCAUAGUGGAUUAAGUCACAGGGACAGUCAGAUUUGGAUCGUCGGUCGCCGUGUAGUGGCUCGGGCCUCACGCGCCUCUUUGCAUUUUAGCAGUGCCUCCCAUAACCGUUCUCGUUCCAGAAGGGCUCUUCAGACGAAGUCCUCUGGAAAAAGGCGGCAAUUUUCUCCCCCACCGGAAAGUCCGAUAAUCCCGUCAUCACCGACACUCACUAACGAGGCGUUGAAUGAGCAACAGAAAACGUCAGCUUCGACCGUCCCAGUAUCAUCUCGACCCUCGACUGAAUCUGCUUCAUUACCUAAAGAACGGUGCAUGCACCCUGUGGUGUCAGAGGAGUUUAGAAGAACGUGCCGUCUGUAUCACAUACCCCUGCCUCAUCCAGAUCUCUUUUCUCAGUGGUACAUUGUUCGGACAACAGGUGUUAAUUCAACUGAUUUGAGGCGCACUCAUAUCACCUUCGAUAACCCUCAUGCCAAAACACAGUUUUCGGCUUGUGAAAAUGCUAGCUUUCUGCGACUGCUGAUCUCGGCCGGUGGCGGUCAAAAUAUGGAACUGCUCGAGGCUGAUUGUGUUUCUUCCACUGGUAGGCUGGUGGAGACAGAGGGUAACGUGGUUUCGAGAACAAAGCAUCCGCGCAUCGCUCUAGUUGCGCUCUCAGCUAAGCGUACAGUCAAGUUCCUGCAAGGGCUAGCGACCUUAGGGCGCGUGCCCUUGGUGCACCCUGUUUGGCUCCUCGAUGCCUGCUUCCUUGCUGCUGGCAGGGAGCCACUAGUCGCCACUCCUGAGGUUGCCUCCAAAAUUAUCGCUCUUGGCACCGAACCUACUGACAUACCCUUUGAGCUACUCCGGUUGUCGCCGCGAACGCUCUACGAGCUCCCGAGGGGUAUAGAUACAAGCACCAACCAAAUGGUACCACCGGACAGCGUUCCGGCAUGGUUCAUCGAACCAGUAAUUGCAUUUAGGCCCAAAACACUCACCUUGCUUGGGGGUUACACUUCAUCGAGAAUAAUUGCUGUGGUGACAGACGAUUCCCGCGGCUUCGGCGAGGGAUGGCUAUCCAUCCUUCGGCACGCAAUGUACACUGAGAGCGGGCCACCUGCAGCUGAUGAGGCGCCGAUCGUGAUUGCGCUCGCCGAGAGUGUCGACCGACUCAACAGCAUGAGAUCGAUAAGAAACACAUCCAAUCGCGAUUCGAAUAUAGUUUUAGUCGACCAAGGAAGGAUUCCUGAAGCCAAAGUUUUGCAAAUAGAGUCUAUGGGAUUCACAGUCAUAAACCAGGAGUUUCUGAUUCAGUGCCUCGUCCACGGGAGGAUGCUUGAUCUGAAGUAUGGAACUGCGUGGAAGAGGUGA